ACUUCCGAUUUCCUCUAGAGCAGCGCCAUAAACCGGGCAAGGGCAUAAUACAAAUACAGGAAGCCGUUCUCUCCCACUCCUCUGUGAUGCGCCCCGGCUGCCCCUUGCUGUAGUUGUUGAGCCGGUUGAAGAGGCGCCUUAAGUGUUUCUGAGGCUUUGGGAGAUACAGUAAUUUCCUUAAGUGUCAACCAGGGAGAAUGCCUGAAUCAAAAUUUCGGGAAGUGUUACCUAAGCAAGGUAAGCUGGCAGUGGAAGAUGUGACUACAAUGGUGUUCUGCAAGCCCAAGUUGUUACCUCUAAAAUCAGUAACCUUAGAAAAGCUUGAGAAAAUGCAGCGUGAAGCACAAGAAACUAUUAGACAGCAGAAUCAGCUUACUCAGCAAUUAGCAAAAUAAUUCAGAGUUCAUUUUUGUUUAUCUGCAUAGAUUUCUCUUGCUGGCGUAGACACCAAUUAAAUCUGCUGUGAACAGUAAACGGAAAUAAGUUUGGUAUUAUCAAAGAGCAUAAACAAUUAUUAUUGCAGUUGAAA